CCGAAUUCAAAGUUUUCUAUUGAAAGCUCUCUCUCCGAUCAUCACAUCUUCACGUUGAGCGGCUAGCCUCAGACAUUCUCUAGCGCGUGUUGCAAACAUGGCCCACAGAUACGCCAACCCACCGCAGCCUCCGGUGACAUUCACCACUGAUGCGACAUCCAUCGCCGCCUCGGCGGACGCAGCAUGCCGCCACGCCGAACAGGUCAUCAACGAGGAAAUUCUCGCCAAGGUCACGCCCGAGACCGCCACGUUUGAAAAUGUCAUUGCGGUGCUCCUCCAGCUCGAAAAUAAGUUUCAGCUGACUUCCAACGCCGCAAUUAUUGGCGCAAUACUGGGCAAUGGCGGCAGUGGGGAGGCCGACGGCACGCCGAGCGACCUCGAGAAAGCUACACGGGCUGCGGCGAACCGGCUGAUGGGCUCCAUGAACGACUGGAAGGGCGACGAGAGGCUGAAACCCCUAGUGGAUGUGGUGUACCGGCGGGAGCUCCAACGACGACAGCAGAGUGGCUCGCCGGAUGUAAUGGACGAUGAAAGCUGGAAGGCGCUAUGCCAGGAGCAGCGCAGGUUCUCCAUUGAGGGUGUCGAUUCGGCCAGUCAGACGCGCAUCGCGGAAGUCAAAACAAGACUUGCCGAGAUUGAGGCGGCUUUCCUGGACAACCUGCGCAUGGCACAGGAUUGUUUAUGGCUCACUCGUGCUGAGCUUGACGGUGUGCCUGCGGCCACAAUUGAUGCUUUGGAUGCGGGCAUCGGGGAUUUGGCCGGAAAGUUCAAGCUGAGGCUCAAAGACCAUCAGGUCAGAGCCGUGGUGAGCCAGCUCACCUCGCCCACGAUUCGAAAGCAGGCAUACUUGGGCACGAGAAACAUGGCGAGGGAGAAUGACUCCCUAUUACAAGAGGCCGUCAAGCUUCGCUACGAGGCAGCUCGUCUACGGGGCUACGACAGCCAUACCGCUUACAAAGUCGAGAACAUGAUGGCCAAAACAACCUUGGCGGUAGAAAAGCUGCUGAACACCGUUCAGCAGCAAGCACUCGCUCGACUCCCACACGACCUCGAGAAGCUUCGCGUGCUCAAAACAGCAGGCUCACAUGCUCAAGGAGACGCAGAGUCGGAAAUUAUCACGUGGGCCAACUUGUCAUAUUACAGCCGCCUGUAUGAGGAGCAGAACCACGGGGUCGACCAAGCUCUGGUAGCGCAAUACUUUCCAUUAGUACCCACAGUGUCUAAAAUGCUGGACCUCUUUGGCAAAUUAUUCGGCUUUGUCUUCCACAAGAUCACAGACACCAAGCACGGCCAGCCCGAGAGUCUAGUCUGGCACAAAGAUGUCAUGGUGUACAGCGUCUGGAACGACGAACAGGAAGGGGGCAGUUUCGUCGGAUAUUUGUACCUCGAUCUAUAUCCGCGCGACAGCAAGACCCUCGGCGCAGAGUGCCGACCUUUGCAUUUGGGCUUCUUCGACCAGCGGACUUCCAAACGGCACCAUCCGUCCACUGUGCUUCGAACCAAUUUCCAGCCGGACUCAUUUCUCCGGCACGCCGACAUGACCCUUCUAUUCCACGAGCUGGGCCAUGGCAUUCACGACCUCGCUGGAAUCUGCAAUUACUCACGCUUGCACGGCGCCGAGACGGCUGGAGAUUUCAACGAGGCGCCCUCACAGAUGCUGGAGAACUGGUGCUGGGAUGCCAGAGCACUGAAAAAGCUCUCAGGGCAUCACGAAACUGGCGAACCGCUGCCCGAUGAGGCUAUUGAGGCGCUCGUGGCUUCGAGGACGGUGUUGCCGGCUGCCAAGUUGAUGGAACAGCUCACUUUGACCUUGUUUGACAACGCGGUGCAUGGGUCACCAGCCGCCGGAGGUGGUACGAUCGAUGUGCCAGGUCUAUAUGCCAAGUACAGCCAACUGGGUGGACUGCACUGUGAAGGAGAUGAGCACGGCUACACGACGUAUCAGCAUCUUUUCUCUGGCAGCGACGGGACAAUGUACUGCUAUCUAUGGUCGAAGGCGAUUGCGCAGGACAUGUUUGAGACUGCGUUUGCUAAGGAUCCACUUGAUGGUGAAGUAGGAAGGCGAUACCGGCGGAUGGUGCUCGAGAAAGGUGCGAGUCAGGACGAGCUGAAGACUUUGAUUGAUUUCCUCGGACAGACCACAGCACUGCUCGCUCCCUCAGCAGAUGCUGCUGCAGCUUCGGAGGGCGAAGAGCACGUCGUAGCUCACGCGGCUGGUCUCGACGACACGACAGACAGCACAGCGCGAUUGAGCACAGAGCGACUUCUUCGCAUCGUGAGAGGCUUGACCUGGGCUUCACUACUCUUCACUGUGCUACUGAUUGGUCUGGCAAUUGUGAUCCUCGUUCUCGUCAGCAAUGCGCCCGAGCCUUUCAUGCCACGGUGGCAGCUCAUUGAGAACCUGCACACGGUGACCAUAUACGCUGUCGUUCUCUGCAUCAUGGACAUUUGGACCCUCCGCCGCCGUGUUGGCGGGGCUUGGGAGCCCUGGGCUGUGCUUUUCACUCUUCUGGCCGACGGGUUGACUGGGGGUUUUGUCUUGAACGCAGCGGGGGAGUCUGUGAGCUUCAUCCCCAACCAGAGCUGGUGCGGCUCCUGGCACGACGGCCACUAUGACGGGGCUAGGUGCCAGCCCUUUGAGAGCGUCUUUGAUGGUAUUGCGUCGACAUGGGCUGCCCUUGCUCUGCUUUUUGCAUUGAUCCACUCCGCCCUCUUCUUGUUGCGCGUUCUGUACCUCGUCCGCACGCAUCACACCACCCGCUUCAUCACAUACGAGGGCGGCGCAGCCAGUGAGACCCUCACAAGCCUCAGCUUCACGCUUGGUCCGUUUGGCUUCGACUUCCGUUUCAGUAUCCGGCACCGCAACAGGGACGUACCCGCGGGUGCUGUGCGUGAGGAUCAACUUGUUCACGGUGAUGCUGUUCGCAGUGAAGUGGCUUCCGUCCGUACUUGAGAGAACCAGCUAGGCGACAAUUUAGGAGAGUUUGCUGCUCUUGGCGUCAAAUGAGGUGGGCGAGGUCGGGAUGAGUAAGUGGACAUUACUGUCAGGCUUGCCCCGCAGCCUGCAGUUCGAGAGUCAUAAAAACACUCUACGAUACUCUAGACUCUCUUUGAUGGAUAACGCGGUACUUGUGAGGAACUCGGACACCGAUAUAGAUAUACGCGUUAGUUGUAUUCUAUAAUAAAGAGUCGUUAGCGCUACGUCUGUAUGUCGCCUGGUAAGCGCCUAUGCCCGCAUCCUAUAGCUUAACUGUAUAAUUAUCCGAUACCGAGAU